GCCCCGGAACUGCGGACUACAGCUCCCAGGCCUUCUCUAAGCCCUUACCACACAGGCUCAAAGCCACAAACCAGUAGGAGGUGGCUGUAUUGUAUCUAUUGUAUGCCUUGGCUGGUGCAUUUUUUUUUUAAAAAACAAUUCCCUGGACGUGAAAUUGAGAGUGAAAAGCAUGGCAGAUGAACAAGAAAUCAUGUGCAAAUUGGAAAGCAUAAAAGAGAUCAGGAACAAGACUCUGCAGAUGGAAAAGAUCAAGGCCCGUUUGAAGGCUGAGUUCGAGGCUCUGGAGUCUGAAGAGAGGCACCUGAAAGAAUACAAACAGGAGAUGGAUCUCCUGCUACAGGAGAAGAUGGCCCAUGUGGAGGAACUCCGACUCAUCCAUGCUGAUAUCAAUGUGAUGGAAAACACCAUUAAACAGUCUGAAAAUGACUUGAACAAGCUGCUGGAGUCAACCCGGAGGCUUCAUGAUGAGUACAAACCACUGAAAGAACACGUGGAUGCCCUACGCAUGACAUUGGGCCUGCAAAGGCUUCCUGACCUGUGUGAAGAGGAAGAGAAACUCUCCUUGGAUUACUUUGAGAAGCAGAAAGCAGAAUGGCAGACCGAACCUCAAGAACCCCCCAUACCUGAAUCGCUUGCUGCUGCAGCUGCUGCUGCUCAACAACUCCAAGUGGCCAGGAAGCAGGACACAAGGCAGACAGCCACCUUCAGGCAGCAGCCUCCACCUAUGAAGGCCUGUUUGUCGUGUCACCAACAGAUUCAUCGAAAUGCACCUAUAUGCCCUCUUUGCAAAGCCAAGAGUCGGUCACGGAACCCCAAAAAGCCAAAACGGAAGCAAGAUGAAUGAAGAGGUGGAGGGAUAGACAGACCUCUGUUGGUCGUAAAUCCUCUCUUUAGUCAGAGUGAUAGAUGUUCUGAUUUUUUUUUUUUAAUAUCCCUUCCUUAUCCCUACUGAAUCUUCUAUUUAAUUUGCUGGAAGAAUAACCCCUUUCUCCUUGCUCUUAUUUCUUUCUGCUCUUGAAGUUGUGGUUUAAGAACAGCUGUGCUUUGGGUGCUAAUCACUGGGUCUCAUGACCCCUUCUCUCCUAUUCACAUUUCUGUUACUGCUCCAGUUUGGAACUGAAUGAGGGGGUAAAAGGCCCUAGUUGAUGCUUUCUUUUGUUCCUGAGGACUGGAGUCUAAUGAGCUGUAGGGUGUAAGGACUGGAGGAGCUCCAUGCCUUGCUUUGGAAAAAAGGCUUCAGUGAUUUCCUUCCCUCUGUUUUUGCCUUGGGUUCUGCAGGGACAACUACUUUAUUUUAGCUGUACUUCCCAAUGGGCUGAUGCAUAUAUCUUCCCCAAUAUUCAGGUCAUCAUUAAAAUCUAGGGGUAACUCAUAUAAGUGUUCCUUUUAUAUAAAAUUGUGAGGCCCUGGUGUUAUUCUAUAGUUCCACUCAAGUCUUCCAGUUAUACUGAAGUUCUUACAUACCAAACAGGGCAUCUUCAGAAUCGCAAGAUCUGUCUAUCUUUCUCCAUACUUGUAUUAUUUGCAAAUCAGUAGACAUUUCCUACUGUGAAAUUAGGGACCAAGACCCAUGCCACAAGAGUCACCUAGUUCACUGCCUAAAAUACUGAGUCUUAUUGCUGUGGUAUAGGAAUUGUCUUGGACUGAGGAACCCUAAGUGAACUUUUUGUGAGGAUAGAAAGGGACAUAGUGUUAUAUGAAUGCCAAUCAUUUUAUACAUGUAAGUAGGUAGGACUUUUGCUUUUCUAUUCUUUCCUCCUUUUGUCUUUUAUGAGGUAGCUUCAGUUAAGGACAGUUGGUCACUCCUUUUCUGUGGGUUACGUAGGUGACCUUUCUUCCCCAAAUAAAAGACACUUAAGCUCUCCACGCCCCACGUCUCAUUCCUUUAUCAAAGGUAAGCCUCCUAGUCAUGUCUUAGAUCUACAGGCUGAAAUCUAGAGCUGACUGUUGAAAAAGAACUAGCUCCAGGACUCUAUCCCUGCCAGGGGAGAAGAGGGAGAUAUUUAUCCUAUUUUUCUUUAACUUUUGUUUUAUGUUAACAUAUUAUAUCUUCAAAACAUCAAUGAUUCCUCUGCCUUU